GCGGCGGUCGCCGCGAGGGUUGUCGGGGUCGAAGUCGAUACCCCCUGGCUCAGUCACGGUGUCCCUCUCCCAGUGACUCCCCUCUCCUUCCACCACGGCCACGCCGCCCCAGCUCCAGCGGCUUCCUAAGCGGUGCAGGGGACAGGGCGCGUCUCUUCCCGCUGCCGCCGCCCUGAUAAAUGAGGGACUUCGGGGUUGGGGUGCUGCAGACCGCCCCGCUCCGAAGCAGCAGCCCCGGGUGUCUGUUCAGCGGGGAGGCGUACAGUCACUACGCCGCGGGGUCCGUCUCCCAGCUGCCCUCCGCCACGCCCUUCGGCCCCCUCUCGCCGCCACCGUUGCCUGUCACCGGCUUCUCGAAGGCCGCCUCCCCCUUUUCCAUCCCCCUAGGCGGCGGUGCGGGCGGCUCGGCCGCCGCCGCUUCCUCUUCCUCCCCGUUCCUGGCGCAUCAGCAGACCAUGCAGGAUGAGCUGCUGCUGGGGCUGACACAGCAGCCGGCGCGGCCGUUCUCGGGGGCGGCGGCCGCGGAGAAACUCCCCAACCACCACCCCGGCGGCGGCACGAUCGCGGGUGUGACCCACCUCCUCCCCUCCCAGGACUUCAAACCGAGUCUGCACCACCCCUCCUCCUCCUCCGCCUCCUCCUGCUGCUGCUGCCGCACCUCCUCCCCGCAGGACUUCAGUAAGCGGCAGCAGCAGCAGCAGCUGAGCAACCAGAAGAGGAAAGAGUUCAGCCCUCCCCACCUUCCCCACCCUCCGGACUCGAAGCCGCCACCGCCACCGCCGCCGCCGCCGCUGCUCCUCUGCCCCGGCCGGUUCAGCCCACCGCCGCCGCCUGGCCCUCUCCUCCAGUCGGCGCCGCUCGCCCAGCGCCAGCAGCAGCAGCCGCCACCGCAGCCGCAGCAGUUCAGCCUCCCGCACCCGCAGCACCACCCGCGGCAGGACUUCGCCCCGCGGCAGCGUCCGGCCGACCUGCCCCAGCUCCCGCAGCUCCCGCCCUCGCCGCCCGCAGCCCCGCGGCGCCGCCACGGAGGCGCGGGCAGCCCUCGCAAGACCCCAGCCGCGGGCGAGGGCAGCUCUGCCGAGCCCUCCAAUGCGGGCUUGGCCCCCUCGACGCCGCCGGUGAACCCCGCGCUGGGCUCCAUGGAGUCCCCCAACCACCCUCUGCUCAACAGUCCCAGUAACCUCCUGCCCGGCGGGGCGCUCGGCUCCGGCGCCUUCAGCAGCCUGCAGAGCCCGGACCUUCCGCACCCGGGCGGCGGCGCCAUGAAUUUACCUCAGCAGCAGCCCCCACCGCCCGCGGCGCCGCAGCAGCCGCAGAGCCGGAGGUCGCCCGUCAGCCCGCAGCUCCAGCAGCAGCACCAGGCGGCGGCGGCCGCCUUCCUGCAGCAGAGGAACUCCUACAACCACCACCAGCCUCUUCUGAAACAAUCUCCCUGGAGCAACCAUCAGAGUGGUGGCUGGGGCACUGGAAGUAUGUCGUGGGGAGCAGUGCACGGCAGAGAUCAUCGUAGAACUGGCAACAUGGGGAUUCCAGGAACUAUGAACCAGAUAUCUCCACUGAAGAAACCAUUUUCUGGUAAUGUCAUAGCACCACCGAAAUUUACUCGCUCUACUCCAUCACUGACUCCAAAAUCUUGGAUUGAAGAUAAUGUGUUCAGAACAGAUAACAACAGUAACACACUCUUACCCUUACAGGUGAGAUCUAGUUUGCAGUUGCCAGCUUGGGGCUCAGAUUCACUCCAAGAUAGUUGGUGCACUGCAGCCGGAACAUCCAGAAUAGACCAGGACCGAAGUAGGAUGUAUGACAGUUUGAAUAUGCACUCUUUGGAAAAUUCUCUUAUUGAUAUUAUGAGAGCAGAACAUGAUCCUCUUAAGGGUCGAUUGAGCUAUCCUCAUCCAGGAACUGACAAUCUGUUGAUGUUAAAUGCAAGGAGUUAUGGGCGAAGACGAGGUCGUUCUUCCCUCUUUCCCAUAGACGAUGGCUUGCUGGAUGAUGGUCACAGCGAUCAAGUUGGUGUUUUAAAUUCACCCACAUGCUAUUCAGCUCAUCAAAACGGAGAGCGAAUAGAACGCUUCUCUCGCAAGGUGUUCGUGGGUGGGCUUCCUCCAGACAUCGAUGAAGAUGAGAUAACUGCCAGCUUCAGAAGAUUCGGGCCUUUGGUAGUUGAUUGGCCUCAUAAGGCAGAAAGCAAGUCCUAUUUCCCACCAAAAGGCUAUGCGUUCCUUCUCUUCCAAGAGGAGAGCUCCGUUCAGGCGCUAAUCGAUGCUUGUAUUGAGGAGGAUGGGAAGCUCUACCUGUGCGUUUCCAGCCCUACCAUCAAGGACAAACCAGUUCAAAUCCGUCCUUGGAAUUUAAGUGACAGUGAUUUUGUAAUGGAUGGUUCUCAGCCUUUGGAUCCCCGAAAAACAAUUUUUGUUGGAGGUGUUCCUAGGCCACUAAGGGCUGUGGAGCUUGCUAUGAUCAUGGACCGGCUGUAUGGCGGAGUUUGUUACGCAGGAAUUGAUACGGAUCCUGAGCUAAAGUACCCAAAAGGUGCUGGGCGGGUGGCUUUCUCCAAUCAGCAGAGCUACAUCGCGGCCAUCAGUGCGCGGUUUGUCCAGCUCCAGCACGGCGAUAUCGAUAAACGUGUGGAGGUGAAGCCAUACGUGCUGGAUGACCAGAUGUGUGACGAGUGCCAGGGCGCACGCUGCGGUGGGAAAUUCGCCCCCUUCUUCUGUGCCAACGUCACUUGCCUGCAGUAUUACUGUGAGUUCUGUUGGGCGAAUAUCCACUCUCGUGCGGGACGUGAGUUCCAUAAGCCAUUGGUGAAGGAAGGUGCUGAUCGCCCCCGUCAGAUCCACUUCCGCUGGAACUAAGAAGAGCAGAUCGGCCUCUGUGUGACAAGGAAGGACAGGUGCAUGUGGCGUAUGUGUCCAGAGAGACUGACGUGCAGAAGAAGUAAGUGCGUUCUUCUGCUUUCACCCCAGCUACCAACACGUGCAUCUUUAUCAGCAGCCAAAACACUACAAGCCUCUUGUUUUUCACCAAAACCCUACAUCUCAGGCUUACUAAUUUUUGUGAUAUUUUCAUGUUAAAAUAAAAUGUUUUUUUGUAUUUUCUCCAAGUUAUUUUUAUAUGUAAAGUUAAAAUUAGAUGUGAGAAUGUUUUGCGUAGGGGCAACACAGUCUGCUGCUAAUAGUGGGGGAAGCGUGCACUUAUUUCUAAACAUGGGUUUUUAACUUCAAGAUCUGCCCCAGUAAUUUACCAAAGGUAGCAAAAUAAUAGUGAAGAUGGAAUAUGUCUGCUACAAAUGCUUAUUUUUAUUGUUGCUAUUUUCAGUGUAUACAUAAACUAAAAAUUAGGGUUGAUUUUUUUGCUCUCCAUUUUGACUUGCAAGAAAUAAUACCUCAAGAUAAUCUGAUUUAUUAGCUAUUUUUAAACAUUUUUAAUCACAAGCUGUAUUAGCUUUGCUGCUAUAUAGGUGUUAUGUGUAAAUGUCACCUAUUAAUACGGGAUUGAGAGCGUUAGAGACACACUGCAUUGCAGAUAAAUGCAGGCAGCACAAUAUGGCCUAAACUGCCAUAGUUUUAGAAUGUGAAAAAAAAUGCAUGUUUACUUACCUGUAUACACCGUAUGCAUGCACUGGAACUAUUACAACAAGAGGCGAGGUAUUGCAGAUGCCCAAAAAAGCUCUCUUGAAUCUAGGUAGCAUGAACAAAUUAUAAAAUUUGUUUUUAAAGCAAACUUGCAUGCAUUAUUGUGACUUCAAGUUAAAAAAAUUGUCUUACAUGUGUACAAUAUGCAAAUUAGUUUUAGAUUAGAGAGUGCAGCCAUUUUGUGAUCUGGUCGGUAGUGGAAUUCGAUUUUAUGCAGACUGGAUGUAAUAUUUGUACUCCCUGUGCAAUUUUGUGAUGUGCGGUUCUAAUUCAUGUGCAGUGAUUUAGUAUAGAUAAAAGAAUGGUUAAAAGAAAAACGCGAGAAUUCUAAAGAAAGUUGAUUUUAGCCCCUUUGAUAGUUCAUGGUUAAGACAUCCUUUAUAAACCAAAGAUGGCCAACACACUGCUAACCAGUCACCAAAUGAAAGACCCAUAAGAAACCCAUAUUUAAAAAUCUGAAUUUUGUAGAAGAAUGCAAAACUUUAGCAAACCUAAGUAAAGUCAAAAUGGAGAUGGGGAAAAAUACAGAUGGCUAGUUGCAUAAAAUUAAAUUUUACCUUUAAGACAAUGGUGAAACCUGGCUGAAACUGCUUACGUGUUCAAACUGUCUCUAUUGGGGUCUUCUGUCUAAACUGGGGUCACUGUUGCAUGGAACAUGUUGUUCUUAACGGUUAAGAAUUGCUUUUUUAAAUUUUGAUGAAGGAAUUUUGGUAACGACUUUGCUUGCAGGUUUUAAUUUUUCUUUUUUGAGAAAGUAGCAUGGAAACAUGCAAUACUAGUUAAUGAGUUUCUCUUGGUACUGAACACUAUUAGAAUAUCAUUAGUAAUAUUUUUUCUCUUUAGAGCAUUUAUAAUGCAACUAGCCCCUAUUUUCUGACAUAAGAGUUACUCUGCAGUCUAAGCAAAGCACCCAACAAUGGUAAUUUUUUUUUUUUUUUUUUAAUGAGAACUAAGAUUUUGGACUCUAAAGAGAGAAAAUUACAAGGGUGUUGCCUCCCAGCAGGCCCUUGGGACAAUCCUUCAUGUGAGCAAAGUGUUGAUCUUAUAUUGCUUGUCUGUGGUGUGCUUUUUUGUACUGUAAAAAAAUAUGUGGUUCAUGUCUAACUCUGCUGUUUUAUUGUGGUUGUGGUUCAAGUUUUUAAUGUUUAAAGUUGAUGCUGUUUUCAGAAGAGCUUUUUACUAAUUUAUUCGUCAGUGUUCCCUACUUGUUACUUAACCAUGGUCCUCCGGGUUUUGGAGUGUUCCUUUCUAGCCUAACCUGCCGAACCUUGACCCAUUCUGACAUUUGUUAUGCACUAUUUUUCUAUCUCUGUGAGAGAGUUUUCCAACAGUCAGCUAUUUUAUGGCACACUUUUUUUGACUGAU